AUGGGGAAAUUUCAGUCCAAGCACGGUGAGACGCGGGCCCGGGGCGGGCGGGCGGGCGGGGCGGGCGCCGGCCACUCACUGACCCUUCCCUCUCCCGCGCCCUCCCUCUGGCGCGCCGCAGCCGCUGCAGCCUUCAAGCGGAGAGAGAGCCCUGAAGGGGACAGCUUCGUGGUGUCUUCGUACUCAAGUGGCCGCAAAGGCAUGGUGGAGGCGGAGCGGCGCGGCGGCAUGGAGCACCGCGCGCGGGACAAGCAGGAGCUUCUCAGCGGGGACCCCACAGAAGGACCUUUCCGGGAGGACCAGUGUCCUCUAGAGGUGGCACUCCCCGCCGAGAAGGCCGAGGGUCGAGAGGGGACCGGACAGCUCUUCACUGCCGAUGAUGUUGAAAGAGCAGCAAACCGCGAGGGCCCGCGAGGCCUGGGCAAGAAGCACCUGAACAUUGAUGCGCUCCAGUGUGACGUCUCGGUGGAGGAGGACAACCGCCAGGAGUGGACCUUCACGCUCUAUGGCUUCGACAACAGUGGGAAGGCCACCAGGGAGGACAUGUCCAGCCUUAUGCACACCAUCUACGAGGUCGUCGACGCCUCAGUCAAUCACUCCUCUGGCAGCAGUAAGACCCUCCGCGUGAAGCUGACCGUCAGCCCUGAGCCCUCCAGCAAGAGGAAGGAGAGUCCCCCCGCUGGACAGGACCGGGAGCCCACUCGCUGCAGGACGGAAGGCGAGAUCCCGGAGGACUCUAGGGUGGCCGAUAGGAGGCUGUCUGCAUACAUCAGGAGGCCCAAUGCCGACCCCCAUCCCUGUCCCGUGAGGGGACCAUACUGCGUGGAUGAGAACACUGAGCGGAGAAACCACUACCUAGACCUGGCCGGAAUAGAAAACUAUACAUCUAAAUUCGGGCCCGGGUCCCCACCAACACAGGCCAAGCAGGAGCACCAGGGCAAGACCUCCCAGCCCCCGAGCAGAUCUCGCUCCCAGGAGUCGGAUGCACACACCAUGUACAACCGCAGGUCCCAGGUGCUGGCUGACCAUGUCCUGCUGGCCAGCGAGCCCGCUGCCCGGGCCCUGGACAUGCAGCCCCGGCUGAAGGGGCAGGAAAAGCAAUUCCUCAAGUCUCCCAAGGGCUCGGGCAGGCCGCCCGGGGUGCCCAGUGGGGGCGUGCCUGGUGGAGGCAAACCCGGGAGGGCCUUCGGCUACUACCCACCAGCCGCACUGCCCCAGCCCCCCCAGGAGAGCCACCACCUCCCACAGCCCCCGCCACAGCCCCCGCCACAGCCCUAUGGCCACAAGAGGUACCGGCAGAAGGGCAGGGAGGGCCACUCACCGCUGAAGGCCACGCUGGGCCAGCCUGCGGUAAUGGAGCACGAGGUGGUACGGGACCUGCCGCCCUUGCUGGUGGGGGAGGGCUACUCCGUGCCCGUGAUCCAGCGCCACGAACACCACCACCAUCACGAACACCACCACCACCACCACUACCACCACCACCACCCGUCCUAGCGUGCACGCGCUGACCCGGGCGCCCAGCUCCAGGUCUCCGGCGUGGGCGGCUGAGGCGGCACCAGGUGGACACUCACGGAGAAGGCCCUUCCUCUGCUCUCCUUUCCUCCGUGCUCCCGACGGAUGUCCUGUUGAAGUGAACACAUUCGAUGCCACUGGCGUUUCCCAGUUAUGAAGUGAUUCUGUGUAACCCAUAAAACCACAUGUAAGCAUAGAAGAGUACAGUUAUAUCUUUCAUGUAUGAUUCCAAAAUGAGCCCUCCUGGCCUGGAAGGGACUCUGCUCAGACGACUUCCGCGUUUUCCUCACGGCGCCUCAUGCUUCGGGUGCCUUGGACUGAGAGGUGCAGGGUGGCAAGGCCUUGAUGUUAUGUAGCAGAGCGCGAAGGUGCAGUGUUGCAGCCUUCGUGUGUUAUUCAUUCUGAAGCCCAGAGUGGUGGUUUUGGGGAGCCACUCUUCCUUGCUCAGUGUGCUGCAUGUGCGGCAGGGAGUUCUGCCUCACCACGCUGAGUACUGCUCCUAACGGAAGGGCGGCCACGAGGGAGGCGCAAAGUGCUCCUCAAACGGCGGUCAAUAAAUUCAGGAAGUGAGGCCAUGAGAGCAAAGGGGGGACACGCGUGGGUUGGUGCCGGCACCAGCAUCUUAAGUGGACACAGGCGGGGACAGCAGGGCCAGGGGAGGCGGUAGUUUCUAUCUAAAACAAUCACAGUCCAUGGGACGAGAGGCAGGACAUGUGUUUUCUGGACUCACAUAAACCAUUGUAGUGCUCGUGGCACAGUGUCCGUGGUGUCCACCUGCAGAGCAGAGUGAUCCCUCCAGGGAAAGCGGCAGUGAUGGUGUCAGGGUCAUGGGACCUUCGCUGGCAGCGCCCUGUGGCAGGACAAUGCUGCUCCUUCCUCCAUCCCACAUGAGCAAGUGGACUUUCUGGCAAUUUGAGAGUUUAGGCAGGUGAUUGUGCAUUCACCUUCAUGGAACUGUUUUUAAGAAUCCAGCAAAUUGGUGGUUGCCUUGUAAUUGAGGUUCCCCUUGCCCUGAGGCAUAAUAAAAA